AUGAUGAACUCUGGUUUCAGCGCAAACAUUUUUCCGUCAAGCUCAUCGCCCAACUCUCUGUACCAACAGAGUCAUCAACUGCAGCCGAAUCCAUCGACGGCAAUGUAUCAGACGACUGGUCGUGACAUGGGCAAACCGCCCGUCCGUGGCAAGACGUCUCCGUACGGUUUCUUCGUGAAAAUGUGCUACGAAGAGCACAAAAAGAAGUACCCGAAUGAGAAUGUCCAGGUGACUGAGAUAUCGAAAAAGUGCUCAGAGAAAUGGAAGACGAUGGUCGACGACGAGAAGCGACGAUUCUAUGAGCUGGCUCAGAAGGAUGCCGAGCGGUAUCAGGCUGAGGUUGCCGCCUACGGUGGAGAGGAUGCGAUGAGGAAGAGGAAGCGAGCCAAGAAGGAUCCACACGCGCCGAAAAGAGCAUUAUCCGCAUUCUUCUUCUACUCUCAAGACAAGCGUCCCGAAAUUCAAGGACAACAUCCUGACUGGAAAGUGGGACAAGUGGCUCAGGAAUUGGGAAAAAUGUGGAAGCUGGUGCCACAAGAGACGAAGGACGCCUAUGAGACGAAAGCUCAAGCUGAUAAGGAUCGAUAUGCCGAGGAAAUGCGUCACUACAAACAAGAGAUGACAAAAAUGUCGGGAGGAAUCGCUGAUUACGAAGACGACCAUAUGGGACAUCAUGUCGUUCAUGUGGAAGAUAUCGGUGGCCAGAAUAUCGCCUAA